AUGUCUUGGCGGAAAGAUGAUGAAGAAAGACCAGACAGCGACGAGGGCGACGAGGAGUUGGACGAGAACGACUACAAAACACAAAAAGACGCCGUACUAUUUGCCAUCGAGGUGAGCAAGUCAAUGUUGAAACCACCAGCGGCUACAGGGGACAAGAAAGCCGACAAGGACUCUGCCCUGACAGCAGCCCUAAAAUGCGCCUACCAAAUCAUGCAGCAACGAAUCAUCGCUCAGCCUAGAGAUAUGAUGGGCGUUCUGCUCUUCGGAACAGAAAAGUCCAAAUUCCGCGAUGAUUCCGGCAAUGGCACAGGAUAUCCCCAUUGUUAUCUGCUGUCCGAUCUCGACGUGCCCGGCGCCGAAGAUGUCAAGAAGCUUAGGGCUUUGGUAGAAGAUGACGAGGAUGAAGACGAGAUAAUGGUUCCAUCAAAGGAGCCGGUGAUUAUGUCAAACAUGCUCUUCUGCGCCAACCAGGUCUUCACCACAAACGCCGCCAACUUCGGUUCCCGACGCCUGUUCAUUGUCACCGAUAAUGAUGAUCCUCAUGCUGGUGAUAAGCAGGCAAAAUCAUCCGCGGCCGUUCGUGCCAAGGACCUUUACGACCUUGGCAUUGUUAUCGAACUUUUCCCCAUCAGUCGGGAGGGCAAGAAGUUCGACUUGUCCAAGUUCUACGACGAUAUUAUCUACCGUGACCCGGCGGCUGAGGUAGGAGAGUUAGGAGGUCCGAAGACUUCCAAGGCUGGUGACGGUUUGACUCUGCUCAACUCCUUGAUCUCCAACAUCAACUCGAAGCAGACCCCCAAGCGGUCAUAUUUCUCGAACCUGCCCUUUGAACUCGCCCCAGGUCUGACCAUCUCUGUCAAAGGGUACAUCCCUCUCAACAGACAAACACCUUCGCGCUCAUGUUAUGUCUAUGAAGGAGAGGAGCAGGCCCAGGUCGUCCAAUCUGAGACUGCACAGGUUGACUUUGCUGCUCGAACUGUCGAAAAGACCGAACUGAGAAAAGGCUACAAAUUUGGCGGUGAGCACAUAUGCUUCAAGCCCGAAGAGCUGGCAGAACUCAAGCAAAUGGGCAAGAAAACACUGCGGAUCAUUGGCUUCAAGAAGCGGUCCAAGAUCCCGUCGUGGGCCUCGGUCAAGAAAUCCUUAUUCAUUUUCCCCAGCGAGGAGCAAUAUGUUGGCUCCACUCGCGUGUUCUCUGCUUUGUGGCAGAAGCUCCUCAAAGAUGACAAGGUGGGUAUCGCCUGGUUCGUCGCAAGGGAAAAUGCCCAUCCCGUCAUGGUAGCCAUAUUCCCUUCCGGAAACCCGGAUGACGAGGAGUCAAACACUCCAUACCUACCGGCAGGACUUUGGCUCUAUCCCCUUCCGUUCGCAGAUGAUGUCCGAAGCGUGGACCACGUAACGGCGCCUGCCAGACCCGCGGACGAACUUACAGACCAGAUGAGACAAGUCAUCCAGAAUUUGCAACUUCCAAAGGCCAUGUAUGACCCGCGCAAGUAUCCAAACCCCUCGCUGCAAUGGCACUACAGGAUUGUACAGGCUAUAGCACUGGACGAAGAAAUGCCCGAAUCUAUGGAGGAUCUCACGUUACCCAAGUACAGGCAGAUUGACAAGAGGGUUGGCGGUUACCUUGCUGAAUGGAAGGAAAUGCUGGCAAAGAAGGCUAGUGAUCUUCAGAACAACAGAGCGUUCAAGCGGGAGUUCGAAGAUGACGAUGAUGAAAGGCCAGCAAAGCGCGCGAAACCAACCAAAAAGGCGACCAGCGGUGGUGGCGGACCGGCCAACAGCAACGCAGACCUGAAGAAGGCAUUCGAACAGGGUAUGCUCGGCAAGAUGACGGUCGCUGAGCUAAAGGACAUCAUGGCAAGCAAAGGUAUCAGCACUGCUGGUAGGAAGGCUGAGCUAGUUGAGAGGCUUGAACAAUGGAUUGAGGGGAACUUGUAA